AUUAAGGAUGAUACUUAUUUCCGCAACAAAUUGCAAGUUAUUGAAUUGGAAAAUACUAAGCAAUACGAAAGCUUGAGGAAGAGAAGCAUCAAUACUUAUGAGUUUCCUAAAGGACCUCUGGUAGUAAAUGCCUUUCAUAUAUACACUAGGAAUUCAGUUGUUUUUCCAUUGGCGAUCAUCACAUUUCCAGUGUUCGAUUUAGGACUUGACGAAUUGAACUAUGGUGCAGCUGGUGUCUUGAUGGGCCAUGAGAUUAUCCAUGGAUUUGAUACUUUAGGCAUGAAAUAUGAUAAAUACGGAAACAUCGCCAAGUUUUGGUCAGAGAAGUCCGAAAGGGCAUUUCAAGAAAAAUCCCGCUGUUUCGUUGAACAAUAUGAUAAUAUGACCAUCGAAGGAACCAAAGGAACUGUGUCCGGCUCAAAAACAAUCAAUGAAAAUAUUGCUGAUAAUAGUGGUUUAAAAAUCGCAUACACAGCGUUCAAAAAGUAUGAAUUAACUAAGUCUGAACGGCCGAAAUUAGUUGGAUUCGAAAAUUUUACUUCUUCUCAGUUAUUCUUCAUCGCUUUUGGAAGCGUGAGUAGAAAUAUUAGAGAUAUAUUGUGGUUUUAUCUAACUGUUAAUAUAUUUUUCCAGAUGUGGUGCUAUACCAUCACCUCCGAACAGGCUGAGUAUUCACUGAAGAUUGAUGUUCACAGUCCAGCAUCAGUACGAGUGAACGUAGCAGUACAAAAUAGCAAUCACUUUGCUGAAGCUUUUAAUUGUCCCCAAGGUUCACCAAUGAAUCCAGGACAUAAGUGUGAAAUGUGGUGAAAAUUUCAAAAGUUUCCUCACUUUAUCGAUUUUCUAUAUUUGAUAAUUAUGUGAAUUGUUACUGCAUCUUCGAUAGAACUAAUAGAAGCUCUUAUUUAUUAUUCAAUAUUGAACCUAAGGGCUAAUUCAUUAUCAGUGAACU